ACUAGUGUUUCUGCAAUUGAUUUCUAUGGCCAAGAAGUUCAGAGUCGACACUUGAUGAAUGAUGAUAUCAAGGAUAGAUUUUGCUAUCACAGAGCAUCGAUGGAAGCAGCUGUAAUGCUCCAUGGAAUACGAAGAAGAACGAAUUCACCCAACAAAACCCUUUUCCGAUUUCUCCACAUUAGAAGCAAAACCACAAUUCCUCAACCCAAUACGUUGAUAACAAAACUGGGUACUUGUCUCCUCGUAGCUUCCAUAUCAAAAUCGCUCUCUGAGCCUGGAGGUACUCGUAACCUUAACAAUGGAGAAUCGAGUCUGAUUUCACUCUCUGAGGCACUCGUUCUUCAAAUCCUCAGAAGAAGCUCUGUCGAUGUAUCGAAAAAAAUCGGCUUUUUCAAGUGGUGUUCUCUCAGACAUAACUACAAACACUCGGCGGGCACUUACUCUCAGAUGCUUAAAACCCUAUGUAUAAACCCUGUGAUUCAUAAAGAUGAUAUCUUUCACUUUCUUGACUCCAUGGAUCGAGAGGGUGUAGUUCUUGAUUCGUCAACCUUCAAAUUUCUCCUUGAUUCUUUCAUAAAGUCUGGUAAUUUCCAUUCUGCUCUUGAAAUAUUGGAUCGUGUGGAGAAUAUAUUGGAUAACUUAAACCCUGAUGCUUACAGCUCUGUUCUUAUUGCCCUUGUUCGUAGUAAUAACCUAAAUAUGGCUUUGUUUACAUUCUUUAAGCUCUUGGAUUCGGUUUCUGAUAAAAAUGAGAGUUUGGUUGAUAAUGCUGCUUGUAGUGAGUUGCUUGUGGAACUACGAAAGGCGGGUAUGCAGGCAGAAUUCAGAAAUGUUUUUGAUAAGUUGAGGGAAAAGAAGAAAAUUUUCCCUGUGGACAUUAAGGGUUAUAAUGUAUGUAUUCAUGGGUUUGGUAAUUGGGGGGAAUUGGAAACAUCAUUGAAUCUUUUCAAGGAGAUGAAGGAAAAGAGCUUGAGACUGGGCAAUUCGUUCGCUCCUGAUUUGUGCACUUACAACAGUCUGAUUCAAGCUCUUUGCUUCAAGGGGAAGGUGAAGGAUGCUCUUAUUGUUUGGGAGGAAUUGAAAAGCUCCGGCCAUGAACCAGAUGCCUUCACUUAUCGUAUAAUCAUACAGGGAUGCUGUAAAUGUUACAUGAUGAACGAUGCCACCAAGAUCUUUAGUGAAAUGCAGCAUAAUGGGUUUCGUCCAAAUACUAUUGUGUAUAAUUCUAUGCUAGAUGGGUUUCUGAAAUCAGGAAAACUUAUGGACGCAUGCCAGUUGUUUGAGAAAAUGGUUGAUGAUGGUGUUAGGGCUUCUUGUUGGACAUACAAUAUAUUGAUAGAUGGGUUGUUCAAGAACAGAAGAGGUCAAGCAGCAUAUGAAUUGUUUAGAGAUUUGAAGAAGAAAGGUCAGUUUGUGGAUGGGAUCACUUAUUCGAUUGUUAUAUUUCAUAUAUGUCGAGAAGGACUGGUCGAAGAAGCUCUUGAAUUGGUAGAAGAAAUGGAAGCCAGAGGCUUUGUUGUUGAUUUAGUUACAAUAACCCAUCUUUUGGUAUCCAUUAACAAACAAGGCCGAAAAGAUUGGACUGAGAGACUCUUGAAGCAUAUUAGAAAUGGUAAUCUAAUGCCAACCAUUCUUAAAUGGAAAUCUAAUAUGGAAGCAUCAAUGAAAUAUCCCACAAGCAGAGAAAAAGAUUUCACUUCUAUGUUUCCUGGUAAGGGCGACUUUCAUGAAAUCUUGAAUUUAAUAAAUUUAGCUGAAUCAAACACAGAUAGAAAACAUUCUUUAAGAAAAUGGACCAUUGACCCUUGGUCCUCAUCCCCAUACAUGGAUCAUUUGGCGGAUGAACCAAAAUCCAACAUCCACCUACUGUCUUCUUCAAAAGGAAAGCGUGUUCAAGAAAAAGGUUUAGAUUCGUUUGACAUUAAUAUGGUGAAUACCUAUUUGUCUAUAUAUCUAACCAAAGGAAAACUAAGCUUAGCCUGCAAGUUGUAUGAGAUUUUCACUGAUUUGGGUGUUGAUCCUGUGAAUUAUACUUAUAAUUCCCUAAUGAGUUCAUUGGUGAAGAAGGGUUAUUUGAAUGAGGCUUAUGGAGUUCUUUCUGAAAUGGUAGAAAAAGUCAGCGCAGCCGAUGUGGCAACCUACAACAUGAUAAUUCAGGCAUUGGGGAAGAUGGGACGGGCUGAUCUGGCUAGUGCGGUUUUGAGGAAACUGACAGAUGGAGGUUUUCUGGAUAUGGUGAUGUAUAAUACUGUGAUUAAUGUAUUGGGGAAGGGUGGAAGGUUGAAGGAGGUAAACAUGGUUAUUGAGCAGAUGAAGAAGAGUGGAAUAAAUCCUGAUGUUGUUACUUAUAAUACACUUAUUGAAGUUCAUAGUAAAGCAGGUAGAUUAAAGGAAGCUCAGGAGUUCUUGAAGAUGAUGGUGGAUGCAGGUUGUGCUCCAAAUCAUGUCACUGAUACAACUCUGGAGUUUUUGGAGAAAGAGAUAGAAAAACAGAAACAGAAAGCAAAACAAAGGUCUUAAAAACCUGUAAGAUUUUGGAAUGGAGACCAGAGAUGGCGGUGGUAGAUUAUCAUGAACCGCUCCUUGGAGAUUCUAUGAAUGAUGAUGGCGAAGACAAGACUAUACGAACUGCACGAUUGCGCACAAUGCUGUGAUUGGAUUUGGCCUAUUGUCGCUUGCAUGGUUGAUUCUCACCUCCUUUAUCAGCAAGGGGUUUAUUAUGCUCCUAUGUUAGGGAUGAAAUGAUACGAAGUUCAAGUGCCGGCUACUAUGUCCUUUUCACACUAACAAUUGUUUCUUCAAUUGGAAGUGCAUGCUUGUUUGUUUAAGAAUUCUUAUCAUUGCAGCAACAAUCUGUUCUUGACAAAUGUUCUUGUAUACGACACUUUGGUGCAUUCUUGUUUGUUUGGUUAUGAUAAGGAGUUCGGUUGGUGCAAGGCUGGUAC